AAUAUUUAUUUAACAAAUUAUAAACAAUUGGCAUUUUAAAUUUUGCAAAAAAUAUCUUCCGGUAACUUUAAAAAAGAUGUAGAAAUUGUUCAGGAAUUUUAUCAGCAUCCUAACAUUGUGAAAAGUAGCCUAGAAGCGAAAACAAGCACAUAGUUACCCGGCCCGAAACAGCUGAUUUUGACCGGGAUUUUGAAAAAUUGUGAACAGGAGCACAUGAUGAUGUAGGAGCUUACUCGAAGCAAUACCAUCGUUUGGUGACCGUGUCUUCAUUCUAGCAUCAUCAGGUAGCAGACGAAUAGCGGAUUAGCUAUUGUGUGGACAAACAUGUGAUUGAGCAUAUAUUAUGCAGAUAAAGUUCAAAUUUUUCAGAGAAUGUAAAUGCAAUUAUAAUACGACACUGAUAAAACAUGGCUCAUUUAAAGAGAAAAAAUAACUGGUGUAUACCAUCAUUUGAUUGCGAGCCUAUAAAUAAAACCUCAUUAAAACAUGCUAAUGUAUCACAAUUGAACAAGACUUUGGUGGAUACAUCAUUUACACAAAGUAAUUUCAAGAAAAGGAAACGUGAAACCAGCUUAGCAAAAUUAUUGGAAGCUUGUGAACCACAGAAGCUUUCUGAAUUGGCAGUUAGUAGACAGAAGCAAAAUGAAAUCUUUGAUUGGCUUCAACACAGGGCAUCAAGAAAACAGCCAUCUAUGCUGGUUCUCUCAGGUCCUUCUGGAUGUGGCAAAACCACAGCUGUAAAAUUGCUUGCUAAGGAAAAUAAAUUUGAUAUUAUAGAAUGGAUCACUCCUAUGGAUCCUGUUGAAGAUGAGAAUAAACGCAUAAUGCGGCAAGGAGACAGAUUCAAGGAUCAUGUAAUUCGUGCAACACGUUACCGUACAGUAUUUGGUGAUUGUUUCAAACAAUUACUUCUAGUUAAAGAUCUUCCAAAUGUCUAUCAAGAGGAUCACAAAAGCUUCUUUGCACUCUUAGAAGAAUAUUUCGAAAUAGGAAAAGAGCCUGUAAUAUUUGUUUUCACAGAGACAGGAAACUCAAAACUGAUGCAGACUUUGUUUGCUCCUGCUAUAAGGGAGAAGUUUGGUAUCGAUCUUAUCCACGUGAAUGCAGCCACACAAACUUCGAUAAAAAAUGUGCUGAAACGAGUAUCUGGUAUAUUAAAUUCCAUCGGUGGUGACAUGUUGCACAUCUCUCAGCAACACAUAGAUGAAAUACUGGCCAAUAACACCGGCGACGUGCGCAAUGCCUUACUGAAUCUAAUUUUUAUUUCUCUCAGAGUGCCUGAACAACAUGUCAAGAAAGAAUGCGGAGCACGAGAGGAAACCUUGGGUCUGCUGCACGGUGUUGGAAGAGUCACGAAUCCAAAAAGGGAACCAAAUGGCGAUUCCUUCAAGUUUGUGCACGAUCCUGAAGAAAUAGCAGCAUUCUUCCAAUCAGAGUCAGUGGUGUUUGUCAAAUUUCUCCAAGAAAAUUAUUUGAACACUAUAAGAACUUUAGAGGAAACUAUUGUGGCAUCCGAUAUUUUGAGCUUUGGUGACGUUCUAAAUUCUGAAUGGCGUGAUCGUAAUUUGGGUAAAGUUGCAUUAUCAUACUGCAUCCGUGGCUUGAUGCUGGUUAAUGAGAAGCCUGUAACUGGCUGGAAUCCAGUAAGAAAACCGCGAGAUGAUCAUAGCAAUAUGCGGCGAAACUGUCUAGCAACAGCAGAAACACGCUGGUACGAAUCAAUAAUUAAACCCGCUUCGAAAAAAACAGAAAAAAUAUUAGACGAAGAUAUGGAAGUAAUUAUUGAAGAGGAUUAGAGUAUUAUAUUAUGUAUUAAUUAUUAUAUUAUGUAUGAGAGGCAGAGAGAGAGAGGGAGAGAAAAAUCUUGUAAUUUUGUAAUUGUAAAUCUUUAUUUAAGUUCUUAUUUCUUUCCUCUCAAUUACUGUUCCUAAAAAAUAAAAAUUAAUUAAAAACUUU